AUGGGACCCGUGCGGAGCUUACUUCUGGAUUUGAAUCCUAGGUAUCUCCUAGACAGCACGGCAUCAUCACUCAAGGACCCGAUUCAAGUGUGCCGUGAGUAUCUGUAUGACCGGGAUGGUUUAAUUGUUAUCGACGGUCUGCAGUCCGUGGAAGAAUGGGAUGCAGUAAAAACUGCAUUCGAUGGAGCUUUUAAAGGCUGGAUAAUUAUCAUUACCAAUGAAGAAAGUGUCGCCAAAUACUGUGCAACGGACAGCAAAUAUGUGCUGAACAUCAAAGGUCUAGAAGCUGACCACGCCAUUGAACUACUCGACCAGGAACUUAAGAAGAAUCCUCGGGCUGCAGUAACUGAGGGGGCAAAGCGUACUACCUUGCACAAGUGUGGUGGACUCCCCAAAGUCAUAUGUGCAGCAGCUGAUCUUGGAUGUCCGGAUAACAUUAUGUCCUUGUUAGCAAACAGAGAAAAUAUGAAAGAUCUGUUUGCCUGGCUGCUAUCCUACUUCAGUUCCAGCCCGGAUACCAUCAAGCCUUUUAUCUUCUACCUAUCAGUCUUUCCUUUGAACCACACCAUCCGACGGAGACGUCUGGUAAGGCGGUGGAUCGCAGAGGGAUACUCCAACUCCAGAGACAACGAAGAAUGCACAGCGGAGGAAGACGGGGAGAAGUCCUUUCUUAAGCUCAUCAGUCUAAGCAUGGUCCAGGUGCCAGAGUUAAUCAUGACGCCACCCAUGUGCCAAGUCAAUGGUUUCUUUCUUGAAUACAUAAACUCACGGCCAAUGGAAGACAACCUUGUAUUUGCACUGAAGGGCCACAGCAGAAAGAACUUGCAGCGCACAGGAAGGCGUCACCUUGCCAUACACGAGAGUUGGGACAGAGAUCAAAAUGUAUUUGGGAGCAUCGACUUUUCACGGCUACGGUCUUUGACAGUGUUUGGUGAGUGGAAAUCGUUCUUCAUCUCUGACAAGAUGAGGCUGCUCCGGAUUCUGGAUCUAGAGGAUGUGUCUUCUGGUGUAAGAAAUGAUGAUGUCAAGAAGAUAGUGAAGGUACUAUACCGCCUCAAGUUCCUCUCCCUGAGAAAGUGCAAGGGAAUCACUCAUCUGCCAGAAUCGUUGGGAAAUCUGAAGCAGCUCCAAACUCUCGACAUCAGGGAAACCUUUGUGGUGGAGCUACCAAAGAGUAUCAUCAAGAUAGAGAAGCUGCAGUACAUUCGCGCUGGUCAAUCAGUAUCACCAGCAGCACCACCAGCAGCAGAACCACCUGUGCCACUGGAAGCACCAGCAGCAAAGAGCACAUCAUCACUAGCAAGAUGCUGCUGUGCUACUCUGGUGCCAAACUUGCUGUCAAGGCUGCGCACAACACAUCGCCGUGUUGACACACGCUGCCAUCACAGCGGCGUCAAGGUGCCUAGAGGGAUAGGGAAGCUUACCAACCUGCAAACGUUGGGUGUAGUUAACAUCAGCGCCGUAGGCUGGAAGGCUUUUGUGGAGGAGCUCCGGAACCUUACCCAACUGCAUAAGCUCGGGGUAUCCGGCAUCAACAAGGACAACUGCCAGACAUUUUUUUCUGCCAUCUUAUGUCUCGCCCAUCUGCGAUCCUUGUCACUGCAGGUGCAAGUCGACGAGGACAAUGAAGCUGGCUUCCUGGAUCACAUCUCCUGGCAUCCAGUGAACCUACGGAGCCUCAAGCUGUACGGACUCGGAAGCAAGCUGCCACAAUGGAUCAAGAAGCUCCAGAAUGGAAGUAAAUUGAGUUUACAGAUGACUUCGCUAUCGCAAGAGGAGAUAAAUCUCCUUCCAUCGAGACUACACAGUCUACGUAUUUUCUUGCUGGAGUUCCAGGUUCUCCAGUUUGGUCAACCAAAUUCAUAUGGUCAGUUUUCUGUGGACUUCCUCGAGAUUUCUUGCAGCUCCAAGUUGGAAACUACAAUAAUGUUUCAAAGAUGUUAUGCUUGCGUGCUGAGGAUACGCUGCGGGCGUAUGCGGUCUCUACGGGUCUCUGGCUUACAGAAUGUAAAACAGCUGAAGCAAGUCUGGCUCAGUGGGCCUUAUGAUGACGCCCUUAAGCAGAACUUGGAGAGUGAGAUUGCCAACUACCAUGAAGAAGGCCUACCUAAACCUGUUUUGAGGCUGGAGGAACCAGGUUCGAGUCUCCCAUAUCUAUGGACCAGCUCGUGA